CAACAACAAGAUAUCCGUGAACUUAAAUUGAAUCAGAAAUAAAACUAAUUAAAAACAUGGAAUUGGAAUUAUCAAGAGUUGAUUACGCUUUAGUUGGAAUUACACUUCAAAAUGCAAUGAAAAUUCUGCCAACAAAAAAAGCAAAAGAGCAGCAAAAAGUCGUGAUUGGUGAUCAGGAUGGAGUCGUCCAAUUAUUUUCAGCAAACAAAAAAGAUGAAAUUAUUGUUCAUUUUAAAACAGUUCCAAGUAAUCGGAUCACAUCUGUUCAAUUGGGAGGUUCAAUAGGAUCAGUUCCUGAUAAAAUUUUUAUUGCAAAUGAAAAUCAAAUUAUCGGAUAUAACAGGAAGGGGAAAGUGUUUCUAUCAUUCGAUACAAAUCUAACGGAACCCAUCAAAUCGCUCUUUGUUGUCGGAAAUGAUUUGAUAGUAUGUGGAAAUCAUGUCUAUACACAUUAUAAGGAAUGUAAAGAGUCUGGUUCCUAUCUGUGUGGUGAUACAAUUGUUGAUUGCAAUGCUUUAUGUCCACAUAAUACAAGUCGUGUCAUCACAGUACUUGCAUGUUCUGGACGAGUUUUGAGGUUACUCGAACAUUGUCGUGUCCGAAAGAUGAUUGAAUUGGAUAGCAUUCCAACAGUUUUACAUGUGCCUAAAAAUUCUUUAGGCAAUAAAAUUCUCGUUGGAUUCUCAGACGGUCGAGUAGCUUUGUUUCGAAUAAAUCCAAUGAUAAUGGAAGUUAAACAAGAAAUAUUAAUCGAGACAAAGGAGAAUUUAUCGGCAGUAACAUGCUUGGAUACAUUUGAUCUAUAUGGUGAUGGUAAGGAGGAAUUGAUUAUCGGAAGACGAGAUGGAACAAUUCAAGUGUAUUCAAUGGCACUCGAAAAUAAUGAGUUCGAUGGAAUGGAUUGUCAGCAAUUAUUAUAUGAAGAGAAUUUCAAUGAGAGCAUUUCGUGUGUCUAUGGUGCAUGUGUUGGUGCUGCUGGAUAUACAGAAGUCAUUGCAUGUACAUACACUGGUAAAGUUUUUGGUCUUACCACACGAACUAUUGGUGACACAUUGAAUGACUCAAAGAGUAAUGAUAUUGUUACGGAUGCGACGCAAAGGAUUCAAAAAUUGAAAGCUGAAAUAGAAUAUUUAGAGCAAGCAGUGACGAAAGAAAGAGAAAAGUAUCAACUAUCAACUCAAGCAUUAAGCUCUGGAUUGUCAGCAAUUCCAGUUAUGACAGUCAAUGACACAAUUUCAUUGUCUGCCGAUGAUGCCACAUACAUCCUUUCAAUCGAAUUACCAAGUCCAAUAGAAAAUAUUUUGGUCCAAUCGGAUAUUCCAUUAGAGAUGCUCGAUGUCGAUAGCAAUACUGCAGUCGUGAGUAGAAGCGAAUGUGACAGGAACGAUGGAAAUCUGCUUUUAUGCUGUUAUCGAUGUCAAGUCAAUACUAAUCGUGUCGAUCUAAAAUUUAGAACGGUCGAGGGUCAACAUGGCACAUUGCGUGUCUACAUCACGCCCAAUAUUCAGCCAAAAUGUUGUCAACUUCGAACUUAUGCCAUUCAUCCAUUAUCGUUACACAUAAUGGUCCAUAAAUACGAUACGACAAGACCAAUGAAUAUAUUAAUAUUAAAAGGAAACUUUAGUCAGGGAGAAAUGCAUAGUUGGAUAAGUAAUUGCCUGCCAGAAGUUCCGGAACGUGUUGACUCAACAGAAGAGAAUGUUUUGAUAUUCAAAAAUUUAUUUGUUGAAACAUAUCUCAUAUGUAGAUAUGCAAAAGGUGUGGCUGAGUUCAAGAGUGACAACAUCUCAACUAUUUCUGUGAUUAAGGAUUACCUUACUAAGGAAGCAACGACUCGCCACAUCAAAAUUGAACUGCAAAUGAAUGUAAGUGAUGCUUCAAUUGAGCAUUUUAUCACAUUAGUGGAACCAAAAUUACGACAAUACAAUGAAAUGGAAAGAAACCAUAAAAUUCUUCAAGGAUUAUUGGAGCUUAAUGUCCAAAAUGAUGACGAGUUUGAAAUGUUAUCGGAUAAAUAUAAAAAUCUGCUGCAAAAUAAGCAAAAUGUUGAGGAAAAGUUUAAAAAUGAUUCAUCCAAUCUCAAUCGCUUAAUUGGCAUUUUGAUAGAUUUUUAUGUCGAUAAGAACAAGUUUCGAGGAAUAAAUGUCAGAAAUAAAUUGGAUGCUUUUGUUGAUGCUCUGAAAAAUUGCAAGGAAGGCACUUUAAGUGAAUUCUUUUGUGAAUCGACUGAGAAAAACAGAAAAUAAAAGAAAAUGUCAUUUUAAACAGUUCAAUGACUCUCGAAUUUCCUCAAAUACAGCUGGAUGUUUUUGAUUAAAAUAUUUGCAAAAAUAUUAUGGCAUUUAAUGUUAUCAACUUAAUACAUAUUUUCUGUAAAUAAAUCUCAAUAAAAAGUGUGAGAAAUGAUAAAGGAACUGAAAUAUUGUGGAUGGGG